AUGACUCUCGCGGCCGUAAAGAACUUCCUCUUCUCCUUCCUCGCCGCGCUGACUGUCUCGGUGCUCGUCAAUGUGAACCUCACCGCCGCGAUGCCGCCACCAACUGCAGACUUGUCCGCCGUUGGGAAUGCUAUUCAACUUCUGGCGCCGCGCAACCUCACCCAACAGGCUACCUGUCCGUCAACUCAACCUGAAACCCAAGCUGGCUGCUCCACCUGCACCGAGUGCUGCAUCUUCCAAUUCAACGACGCCGGCUGUGGUCAACCUUCUGUCGGAGAGUACGGCCUCAACGACUUCGACUGCCACCCUCUCGAGAUCGACAUGAAUAACGUCUGGAUCACCGAGUGUACUGGCGUCUUUGCAGAGUGCAUGCUCUGGAAGAAUCAAGACUGCACCGGUGAAGAUAGCUGGAGCAUCGAUAACACGGCAAACGUCUGUCAUCAUACGCAGUAUUGGAUCGGGGCGAUACAGUGUUAUCAGAGUGACGAGAAGAAGAAACUGGCAAUGCGCCGGCUCAGCGGGUCUUGA